UUUUGGUUUUCAGAAUUGAUGCUAUAGAAACUCAUAAAAUUGCAGCUGAAACGAGAGAGAGGAUGCGGUCGGUAAAAACUCAUUUAACAGCCCGUUGGACGCAGAAGUUGAGAGUCAUCAUCAGUCAUUCAAAAUAUCCUCUCCUCCUGGCUUUGGAGGGUUCAAACAGGUAAAAUACACUAUUAGGAUUUUUACGAGGACAUGCACACUUGGAAAUCAGAGGUCCAGAUGCAGAAAUCCUCAGCGCUCUUUGGGAUGGUCGGUCAUCAGACAGAUUUAACAGAAAUGACGUUCUCCAUGUUCAGCAGUAAAGCGGACAUCUGCCCGAAGCGCGUCUCCGCAGACGGCUGUGAACCGAAUCCCGCUUCGAUCCAAAUGCGCUGCGGAUCUGAAGAUCUCAAACUGCACGCGCAUCACACCUCCAAACUUCACUGUUUCACAAUGUCACCUGGAGAGGGGAACGGAGGAUGUAUCUCGUUCUGUUCAGAUAAGGAGAGCGCUUCAGACUUGACAGAAGAUGUAACGUCACUGCGCUGUGGACAGAACCUGGGGGUUCAGUCUGGUGACCAGUACCACCACAGUAACCACUGUGAAGCGACCACACAGAACCUUCACCUGCAGGAGAGCCCUCAUCGAGAUGGCAGGUCUGCCGGCUUUCAGACGGAUCUCAGCUCGUCCUCACUGUCCGGAGGCUUGAAUGGAUGUCGGGCAUUGCACUCGUACCCCAUCAAACAGGAGGGCUCCAUGGGAUACAAACGGGGAUUGGUGGACUUUUCUGGAGGGAUGUGCGGGGUUCGUAGGGAGUCGGACCGGCUUGGCAACGGCGGUGGCAGUGGUAGCUUAGCAACGGCUCUGUCGUUGUCGGCGAUGGCGGUGACUGUGUAUCCAUUUAAUAAUGAAGAUGGCUCCUCCCCGCUGUCUUUGUCUCCAACUUCGCGUCACUCAGCACGGCCGAGUGCUGGCGGGCUGAAGAGGCGCUGCCUUUCCGUGGCCUCCCAGUCAGCUGCCGUCGCAGCCUCGGAGGGAAUCGAUAUUGCCGGAAACAUCUGCUCCCCCCAGAUGUCAACGGCGGCCUGCGCAAACGGGCCCCACACCAAUUCGUCGUUGCCUACCACCGUCGCGUUCUCCCGGCCCAUCUCGGCGACGCUUCACAAGCCUCUCCCCACUUCCAGCCCGCAGGACAACUGUCAGCUUCCGUCACCCUCCACGUCCAGCUGCCUCCUACCCCUGUCCUCUUCAUCGUCCACCUCCUCAGUUUCGUCAGCGGAGCAGUGUGAGGAGUUAGGAUCCAUGCAGCCUGGCAUGGGCAGCAGUGAUGGUCUGGGACUUCUCAUACAGCCCUGUAAUCUGUUGGAGGGCUGUCAGCGCGGAAACGUUGUCGGUACGGCCGUGCUGAAACAGGAACCUGUGGAUGAGUUCUCUUUAAGUGAGGAGGAGCUCUUUCAGCAUCAAUAUCACCAUCUGACGAGCCGUGGAAACCAUCAGCACGGCCACCACCGCAGUGGGCAUUCCCACCACCACCACCAGACUGGCCCCCCACGGCCCCCCAUGCCCCCUCCCUACCACCUGCACCAGUACAUGGGCUCCGGCCCAGGAGCUCUACUGCAUCUUCAAAGCCAGCAGUCUCCACCCUCAGGCCUCUUGGCACAACCUAAACCCACAGGCCUGGUAGAACAGCAGGUGGGCGACAGGGAGGAUGCCAGCGGACUGUUUAGCGAUAAGCAGCUAUGCCGCUGGAUCGACUGCAGUGGGGCGUACGAACAGCAGGAGGAACUGGUUAGGCAUAUCGAGAAGGUCCAUAUCGACCAGCGAAAGGGUGAGGACUUCACCUGCUUUUGGGCCGGAUGUGUCCGACGGUACAAACCUUUCAACGCCCGCUACAAGUUGCUAAUCCACAUGAGAGUGCACUCGGGGGAGAAACCUAACAAGUGCAUGUUUGAAGGGUGUAAUAAAGCUUUCUCACGCCUGGAGAAUCUAAAGAUUCAUCUGCGGAGUCACACAGGAGAGAAGCCGUACCUGUGCCAGCACCCGGGCUGUCAGAAAGCCUUCAGUAACUCCAGCGACAGAGCAAAGCACCAGCGUACACACCUGGACACAAAACCGUAUGCGUGUCAGAUCCCCGGUUGCACCAAACGCUACACAGACCCGAGUUCCCUCCGCAAGCACGUCAAGAUCCACUCUGCCAAAGAGCAACAGGUGCGUAGGAAGCUGAGGGCCUGUCCCCAUUUAGAGUCAGAUGCUCUGAGCGAAUGUCUAUCCAUGCAGCAUCUGCAUGGCUCCGCCCUUUCUCAGCAUCCCCAUUGCUCCACCCCCUCUCAUCACACUCUGAAUGGAAAAGAAGGCCGUUCCCCAGGACUUGGGCAGGAGAUGUUUACAGGGCUAUAUGCUGGCUCCGGCACGACACACAAUGGAGGCCCACUCGAGUUGCUCUCUCCUGGACCUGACCUGCCUCCCAGGCAGCCCCGCAUGGACCGCGACAUUGGCAGUCCCCAUCACCUCUCCCCGCUGUCUGGCCUGGAUGGCACUCGGGAUGGGUUAUCUGGAGCUUUGCUGUCUCCUGGGAUCAGUCUGCUGAAAGCGGCUACAUCUCCUCCACCAACAUUAGAGAAGCAACAGAACCCCUCCACCAACCAGCAGCAUCUCCACACUCAUCAUAAGCCCUACACCCCCUUCCACAACUUGUCCGCAAGUGAGGAUUACCGUGGCAACUUCCAGAGCUGUUUCCAUUUUGGCGACAACUACAGAAUGGAACAGUCCAUCAGCAACAAUCAUUUACCUGCAGAGUCGCACAACUUUAACACAAACCCACACAAUGGCUUCCACAUGAGCUGUUCCACCAGCACUUCUUCAGGUUUCAGCUUGGUGCCGGACAUCAUUGGGUCAGGUUGCCAGUUCUCGCCCGGCACAGAUGAGAGUGUGUUCUUUCAGGUGGGCGGCUUCGAUCGUGGCUUGAGCCAAUCAUCGGUGUACACUGAGACGUAGUUACCACAUCUGUAAUCCGACUUCACACUUAUCUGUCAUAGAGUGAAAUCUUUUUAGAAAUCUUGAUUUCUUAAUCAAAGUACAUAAUGUAUUGUUGAAACACCUCGCUGGACUGAAAUGUAAUCCGUUCCCUUGACUGCCCUAAAAGCUGCUAUUACACUACAAUGAAGGUUAAAUAAUGAGGGUCUUGUGUGUUGUGGAGCGUGUUGAUUUGUGAAGUUAUGAAAUUGUGAUUUUUCAGUGUUUUGAAAUAUAUGUUCAAAGUCUACGUCCUCAUGAGACCCCCCACCCCCCGCCGACACCACGGCAUUACUAUUCUUUAGAAACCCAACUGGUCGCCUCUGAUCUAAUUGUGACUUUGGAACAGUUUGAUACAACCACCGCGACUCAUCAUUGAUCAUUUCCAUAUUGCCUCUCAGAGCUCUCUUCUGUGAUUUGUUGGCUGUUGUGUUGGAAACAAUUUUUAGUGUUGCUGUGUUUUGUCAGUGAAUGUUUGCCAUGUUUGUAUUGCUUUGUUUUUUGGUUGUCAUCAUCCCAAAUAAACAGAGUUCUUUAUUUUGUAAUGGUCAAUGGCUUUAAUGUAUACCAAACUUUCAACAC